AUGUCGGCUGCUUUUAUUCCUUUAGAUCAAUCUCACCACAACAUUCUCAUGGAUUCUCAGCCUACUACUACUACUUCCCCUGUGACAACUGUGAAGAUUAGUAAUGUUUCACUCAAUGUCUCCAAGAAAGAUCUCAAAGAGUUCUUUUCUUUCUCUGGUGAUAUUCACUACCUCGAGAUGCGAAGUGAGACGCAAGAAACUCAGCUUGCUUAUGUUACUUUCAAGGAUCCACAAGGAGCAGAAACUGCUAUGCUCUUAACGGGAGCUGUCAUUGCUGAUCACCGUGUCAGCAUUACUCCUGCUGUGAACUACGAGUUACCACCAGAAGCCCUUGCACUUGACUCGGAUUAUUCGUUUAAUGGCUUCACUGUCAAGAAAGCUGAACACGUGGUAAGCAUCAUGAUGGAAAGAGGCUAUGCAGUUGGCAAAGACGCCAUGGAGAAAGCCAAAGCGUUUGACGACAAACACAACUUAGUCUCAAACGCUUCAGCAACCAUUGCCUCCCUUGACAACAAGAUUGGUUUGAGCGAGAAGCUAAGCAUAGGAACCACUGUGGUGAACGAGAAGCUGAGAGAAGUGGAUGAGCGGUAUCAAGUGAGGGAGAUCACAAAAUCUGCUUUAGCAGCUGCAGAAGAGAGAGCUAUCAGCGCAGGAACAGCUUUAAUGGCUAAUUCUUAUGUUUCAAGCGGAGCUUCGUGGUUAUCAAAUGCAUUUGGUGCAGUGACAAAGGUGGUUAGAGCUGAGAAUGGAGGAGAGGGAAGAAAGGAGAUUAUUCAUCUUGAUGACACUUCACCUAAAGCUCCUGCUGUUGUUCCUGUUAGCUCGGUGGACUCAGACUUCACCAAACCAAGUUUCUAA